AUGGCUCACGUCGACACUCAAGUGCAGAAGCCAACCGGCGAGUCCAAGCUCAAGGCUGAUGUUUACGCCCAGGGUCUUGAAAUGAACACGGCCCGGCAGGAAGAUAUCGAGGUUGGGGAGGUGGUCAACGAGAAGGCACCGUUUGAAAUGGAGGCCGUCGACAUGUUCAAGCCCUUCCCUCCACAUGACCUGCUCCCCGAGGAGCCGUACCAGCUCAGUCCUAGGGCCGUCAUCACCGGAUGGCUUCUCGGUGCACUAGUCCAUGCGAGUAACAUUUAUCUCGGUCUCAAGGCUGGCAUUGCCAACGAUGCAAACAUGUUUGCAACUCUACUAGGCUACGUGGCCCUACAAAGCUUCCAAAAGAUGGCACUCCCCCUUCUGGGUGGCUCCUUUGGACCUCGUGAACACAACAUCAUCCAGACGGUAGCAACAGCGACCGGCGGUCUCAGCGUCAUCUUCUUCGCGGCAGCUCCCGCCUUGUAUCAACUGGGUCUCUUCACAAACCCAAGGGAUGAUUACGGUAAGCUGGCAGCCAUUGCUGGUUCCGCAGCAUUCUUUGGCUCUGCGAUAUCGGUCCCGAUGCGAAGGAUUUUCGUGCUACAGUUCGGCCGGGAACUUGACUUGGUCUUCCCAUCAGCAGCAGCGGUCGCCGCCUCGAUCCGACAACUGCACCUCGGUGGCAAAGAGGCCAAGCUUAGAAAGUCAGCCAUCAGUCUUGUCGCCUCCUUCUCAGUGUCGACUUUCUGGACAGUAGGGAGCUCGUAUGCAAAGGGCAUCUUGUGGGAUUGGAAUAUUACCUGGUAUAUCUACCAAUGGGGCGGUUACGCUAACCGGGCCAUCUAUGCUGUCAACUGGGGGUUCUUCACUAUUGAAUGGACCCCGGCCAUGAUUGGCAUUGGCAUGCUGGUUCCCUUGAACGUUGGCCUAUCAUGGCUACUGGGCUACUGCAUCUCUUAUGGAAUUAUUGGGCCCAUCAUCGUGGCCAAGGGCUUCGCAAUUGGUCUUCCCUACAAUCCGAGAUACCCUGACCUGGUUACCUACAUGGCAUUGUCGUCUGAAGACCUGGUAUCACGACCCUCUCCUCGAUACUGGCUCCUGUGGCCGGCGAUCCUCGUCACCAUGUGCGCCACCUUCACCGACCUACUCGUUCAUUGGAAGACAUUCAGGCACGCCCUUUGCGUGGGCGGGAGCCGACUUGCUUGGUAUAUGCAUGACGCUCACACAAAACUGGGGUGGUCAUUCGGCGGUGACUGGCUUGCGCGAAGAGCUGAACAGUAUCCUGCCACGUCUGACAUCGUUGAUUACGCUUCUAAGAACGAACUUGUCAAGCUCCGGGAGUGGGGAGGCAUCAGUCUUGUUGGCCUUGUCUUUUCUUCACUUGUCAUGUGCCUACUCUACGAUAUGAACUUUGGCAUCGUGCUCCUUACUCUCGUGCUGGGAAUUCUAUUUGCCAUCAUAGUCGUUGUCGUCUCGGGUCAAGCGGGUGUCAACCCCGGCUCCAUCGUCUCCGGUGGCUCCCAGCUAGUGGUCGGGGGCGCUUUGAAGAAUUCUGAGGCUGCCCUCAAUACAAACCUAUUGAGUAAUCUCGUCGCUGGCGCCGUGUCGGGUUCCAUCUCUCAGCAGGCGGGCGAGCUGACUACAGACUUCAAGAUUGGCUUCUUCCUCGGCACUUCACCUCGCGCUCAGUUCUACGGCCAGCUGCUUGGUGUUGUGCCGGCCAUGUUCCUUGGCCCAGGACUCUUUGCCGUCUUUACUGAGGCGUAUCCUUGUAUCAUCAAUCUUAAGGAGGCGGCCACCUGCUCCUUCUCGGCCCCCGCCGUCCAGACGUAUAGCGUUAUUGCGACUGCGAUGGUCAACCCCCAAUUCCCAGUCGCUAGAUCAUCUUGGGUAUUUGGAAUCAUCGCGUCAGUGGUGACAAUUGGGGUUCAUCUUCUGCGGCACUGGGCCCUUGUCACCGGUCGCAAGCGUCUGCGCAACUGGGUCCCCAACAUGCUCAUGGUAGCUCUGGGUGCUUUGAUCCCUAGUUUCCAGUACGGUUUUGCUGUUAGCAUGGGUGCUAUCAUUGCCUAUGUUUGGAAUCAUAGAGGACCCAAGUCAUACGCCAUUUUCAUGAUCCCGAUUGCUGCUGGUAUGAUCGGUGGGGAAAGUAUUGGAGGUAUCAUCAAUGCUGUGCUGGCUCUGGCUCAUGUUAGCGGCUCUGAGUACGGAACAAGCAUCGGGUGCAUUGGCGGCGCUUGUUGA